GGAAAAGGUUGCAGCGCCAAGCGCUUCUUAGUGCGCGCGUGCUGCGAUAGUUACAUUUCAAUCAGACUUUAUUACCAUAUGACCAUUUGUGUUCCUCCCUGGGUUCUUCAGAUCCUUUUCCUUGCGCCAAUAAUGAACCCCCGCUAGAAACGAUGUCUACCUGCUUGCUAGUCCAACACCUCGAGACGGGCGCCGAUUUUAACUCAAUAUUUGCAAAUGGAAAGCAAUGGAGCAAACUCGUCAGGAAAUGGUGGCUCCCCAGGCCUUCCAGCAGUCGAUUCGUCCUUCUACAAGAGUCCGACGCAUGUUUAGCGUUAUGGCUGGUGCACAGCUGCAAUAGUGGCGGCCCUACAACACUAUAAACAGCACGAACCCAAGGUGUCAGAAGCAUCAAUUGCUUGAACUGGUUCAUCACGACCAAGUGUAUACUCUACUUUUUGACACCAUAGAAGAUGGAAUGCCAUUGAGGGAAAACGGCCCCCCACGUCUGUCGAACUGCAUCUCGGUGCUUGGAUGCCAUUCUACAGUGCGUGCAACGGCAAUCAGCAGUGGCACAAUCUUUGCGUUGCUGUGAUUGUUGUACAUGCUGUUAGUCGGUGUAAGCCAGAUAGUUGCUCUUGACUUUACUGUUCUAUUAUUAGCAUUAUUAUUACUGUUAUCAAGCCCGCGAAUAAAUUUGGCCGCUAAUUCCAAACGCCGCCUCUGAUUCAUCCCUCUUUUUCCUCAGAAAGGGGGAUGGUAGCAUUAGACGAUCAUGGCUUAUGCCGAUAUCGAUUUUUGUGUUGUAUGAAAAAGUGCUAACCAGUGACGCUUUGCAUGCAGGCAGACAACGUCAAGCGACCCGUGAAGUGUCAAAACGUAUUCCUCAGUUUUCUAAACGAUCGCGUCCUAAGGGCGUUUUUA